CAAAAACAAGCAGGGAGAGAGAGAGUGAGUGAGAAAGAGAGACUGCAUGCAGCGCAGACACCGGCUUGACUGUGCUACUAAGGCAUUUCUUUAUGGUAUCUGAGAAAUGUUUCUAUUGAAGGGAAAUUUUUCAUCUGCUGUUUGCCACAGAGAAGCACUUUGCAUCCCGGUGUGUCUGCUGGAAAUUUGGCUCAUUCACUGACUAGGGCUCCGGCAUUCCCGACCCCCCCCCACCACCACUCAAUUGUCCUCCCCCCACGCUGCCCUCUGACUCACCUGAGAGAAGAUAACAGAGGACCCGCAGAUCCCUCCCCUCCGAAUUCUGCUCAUUCACCUGGAGAGAGAGGACAUAUGAGACACAGGAUGGACAACAGCUAUGCUCUCUCUCAUGCAGCACUGGCUGACUGACUCACUUCUGUUUUGGGAAGAGAAAAAGAGGAGCGCCGAGAAGAACUUGUGCUCUUCGGAAUUGGAAUUUAAAGAGAGACGGUCCUGAUCGCAGGAGCAAGGCUGUGCAGGAUGAUCAUAGGAAGCAUCAACCGAACGGGGGCCAUCCCUACAUUUCUGCGGACCCCUACAAUGAUCCAGCCUCAUCUGGAUAUGAAACCCUUCCUACAGUUUCCAAUGGAGACCCCUUCACCACACAGCGUUGGGCUUUUUCACAACUUCAACACGAUUGCACCAGGGGGGGCCACAAUCGCUCGGCCUACAUCUAACCGAGACAAUGCCCCUACUCUGAGUCUUGUCUGGCAUCCAACAUCGGACCCCAGACCAACCUGGCUAACACCCCAUCCCUUUAUCAUGGAUCCUGUUCAGAAGGCAGUGAUCAACCACACCUUUGGAGUGCCAUUGGUCAAGACCAAACGACCAGUCAUUUCCUGUAAUGUCUGCCAGAUCCGAUUUAACUCCGAGAGUCAGGCAGAAGCUCACUAUAAAGGGAACCGUCAUGCUCGGAGACUUAAAGGCAUCGAGACGUCCAAAAGCCGCCCACAAGAGAGUGACAAACCACCUCCCGGACCCGUCUCUUCUCCGUCACCUACAGGAUCUCUGCCGGCCGUAUCCUCGGACACGGAUCCCAGUAAAUCAGAUGAGAUGCAGUCAGCUUUACAGUUAAACGGACCUGCGGUGGCUUCGGGGCCGGUGGUUGUUUCUGCUCCCCCAUCCCCAGAUUCUCCAAACCCUUCUACCUGUCCCAUUCUUUCCACCCCUGCUACACCUCAACAACCCCCGGCCAGUUCCUCAUCCCCCGGCUGUGGCUCCACCAACUCGGAUCAAACAGGCAACGGUGCCCCUGGAGCAUCAUCAGUCACUCCCGGCAAUCCUGAGACUGAAGAGGACAAAGCCAAAAAGCUGCUUUACUGCUCACUGUGCAAAGUGGCCGUCAAUUCGCUCUCCCAGUUGGAGGCCCACAAUAAAGGCACUAAACACAAAACCAUCCUGGAAGCCCGGAGUGGACUGGGCCCUAUUAAGGCAUACCCACGGUUGGGUCCGAAGCCCAGCGGUGAGCAGGGAGGCGGGGCCACGGACCCCAAUACUCAGGAACGCACCUUCCACUGUGAGAUCUGCAAUGUGCGGGUCAACUCAGAACUGCAGCUCAAACAGCACAUAUCAAGUCGAAGGCACCGAGACGGAGUGGCAGGAAAGCCCAACCCUCUCCUAAGCCGACACAAGAAGCACAGGGGAGCUGACCUUGCGGAUCUCACCAAAGCGUUAGGCGCCGGCCUCCUGCCCAGUCCCCUAGCUGUUGCCGCGGCGAUGGCCGCUGCCGCUUCAUCCAACCAGCUUGCCCUCCGCGCCGGAGCUCCAGCCCCCCAUCCGCAUCAUCACCUCCUGCAAGGCCCACCCCUUAGCCACGCCAUCCUGAGACCAGCCCCCGGACCCAUCCGCACCUCGCACGGGCCGAUCCUCUUCUCUCCGUACUGACUCCACCCCCGACCCCCUUAGCCGACCACAGCCAGUCCGGAGCCUCACCUCCAAAAGCACACUGUGAAGAAUUCAAGAAAAUAAUAGCGAAACACCACAGCAAUGACAACAAUCGACUCACUGAAAAUAAAAUCAAUCAUAAAGAUGGUGAGGGCGGGUGUGAAAAGACCUCAGUAGGCAUUCCAACCCGAUUUCCAUCAUCCCAACCUGCCGGAUAGAGUGAUUCAUUCACUCAUGGAUGAUUGGACACAUGCAGGGAUUGUUGGAAUAGAGCAAUAUAUAAAUAAAUAAAUAAGCUUGAUGCAUUUGACAUCUUCGUUCAUUAUCUUAUCACAUUCUAUCUUCUACAAAAACUGUACUGUGAGCUGGCAGCAUUGUAGCCACACAUGCUGGAAAUGGGUUAGGUACGUGUGGGGUUGGGGUCUUAUAAGACCCCCCCCCAAAAAACAAAACAACAACAGACACAUACACACCAAGACUACAAUUAACUGUUUCAUCCUCUCUGUCCAUCUCAUUCAAUACACCAAGAUAAAAAAAGGUUUUGGUCUUCGCUGUAUUCAGCUCAUGCCCCGUCUGGCUUUAGCUUUGGAGAUGCCCAAAGCGUCUUGAUGCCUUCAAGAGCAAAACAAACUGCAAUUUCUAAUGCAGUUUAACCAGUUGCUAUGUCAUGAGCAGGGGAUUAUGGGUAAACAUGAGAAAAGAAGUCUAAUAAUGCCCAACUCUUUCCUUAUGCUGGUAGUGUGUAGAAGCAUCUUGACCAAAUUUACCUUUUAGAUGCAUUGUCAAAAAGAUUCCUCCGAUCAGUUGCAUCUUUUAAGGAGUAAAAAGAUGCCAGAGAAACCACAUAGCUGUAUGUCACCUCACUGAAAACCUCCAUACCCCUCUUAGAUCUUAGAUAUAAGAUCAGUUUAUGUCUAUCUAUUCUGGUAUGUAGCGUACAGUAGUUUAGUUCAGAACCUCCAAACUGAUAGGAAAUAUUCAUAAAGGAAAAAUCUAGAGAAUGAUGUAACUGUUAGCAAAAGCUGAAAAGACAGACGGGUAGACUUUGAUACUCAGAGAAAGGCAACAAACCUAAGCACACACUUGGACUCACACACAUGUACAAUAAAUGCUCUAUGGUUUAUGUAUUUCUGUGAAGAAAGGACAUUAUGCAACCCCGAGUGAAGAGUUUCUGACAAGCAAUACGGCCCUCUUCUCAUUUUCUGCACGAUUUUUAUGUUCAGUCUCACAAGACAUCAAGGACUGACGGCACAUGUCAGCCUCUCCAACAAGACGAACGGUUUAGUUAAAUAAAAGUGAUUAUGGAGUUAAGAUGUGGGCUGACACAGUGGCAGAAGUGAGGACGCGAGGUCACGGCGGACAUGACUGUGCAAUUUCCCUCUUCUUGGUAUUCCUGUUGUGAAUCUAAAGCCAUGCAAUGCAUAUGAUUUCUUGUUUUGUUAUGAUGGAUUACUGCUAUUGUUUUAUUGUAUUUUGAUUCGUUUUCAUAGCACACUGUUACGUUGAACAAAUGUUGUUAUGGAAAUUCUAAACUAAACAAAAAACGGGAAUAUUUUUCUAUGGAAGAUUGCAAAUGUGCACUUGGGUGGGAUCGGAUUAAACAUGGACACAUCGUACGCAUCCGGGAGAUGAACCCUUCCAUUGACAAGAAAAGUGCAUCGUCUUACUGUACUUUGGAUAUUGCAAUGCAAUAAGAAAUCGAAUUGUGUCAUUUGUUGUAGAUUAGCGUACAACUACUGUACCGGGUUUUAUCAAUGGGUAUUUACUCCUGCAGAUAGGCCUUCAUGUUCUUCCACAGAAAUAAAUAUAAGCCUUUACAGUACAAAGGGUGGGAGUUUAAAGCAAGAAUGGGCCACUCAAGGGACGGGCUCUUCAUAUUAAAGGGUCUUAUCAAUGUCUGAGUGGGUGACAGGGUAUAAGUCAGCCAUAGCCUUUACGUACCUGUAUGUAGAUUAGUUUCACUUUGUUUAUUUGUGGCAUUGUUUGCGUGUGAGAAACAGGUUUCGUACGUCAUCAUGAUAAUGCCAUUACUUCGUGCUAGCUGCGGUUAGCAUCCACCAUUGUGCUUUGAUGGAAUUACCUCUGUUUGGAGAUGUAUUUUGUUUUUUAUUAGUUAUUGAGGCACUAAUAUGAGUGCUGUUGUUCAUGUCAGUGUGUAUCGUGUAGUGUUGUGUGCGUUCAGACAGGACCCGGUGGGGAAAAAAAGAUUUGAUAGCCUGGGGCGAGCCAUAUUUGUAAAUAUGGAAUUGGUGGGAUAGUUCACCCAAAAAUGAAAAUUCUGUCACCAUUUACUCUAAAGCAAUAUAUUCAGGUGAUGUGAGAUGUGCAGUUUAAGUGG